GGUUCCUUUUGGACGUCACCACAUCAAAAAAUCAACACAAGAUGUCAAAACGGCCAAAACUGUCAGGUGCCCAGGGAAGAAAAAAGAGAAAAGAAGAGGAGGAGAAACGAGAAAAAGACAGAGAUGCACUGUUGAAGUUUCUAAAUCCCACCCCUGGGCCAUCUAACACAUCUACCGCUGCUGCCUCCACUUCAGCAGCACAACCCACCAGUGAUGCAGCAUCAGUAGCACAACCCAGCCAUGAUGCAGCAGCAUCAAGCGGUCUUCCUGUUGCCUCCACCUCAGCAGCACAACCCACCAGUUUUGCAGCAGCAUCAAGCGGUGUUCCUGUUGCUUCCACCUCAGCAGCACAACCCAGCAGUGAUGCAGCAGCAUCAAGCGGUCUUCCUGUUGCCUCCACCUCAGCAGCACAACCCAGCAGUGAUGCAGCAGCAUCAAGCGGUCUUCCUGUUGCCUCCACCUUUUUCCAAUUUCCACAACUUACAAAAAGAAGAGCUGCUACAGCAGUGCCAAACACUGAGUACUACUCUGACCCAUGACAGCCAGCCGGACAUUAAUGGCACAGAACUUGCAAUGGAAAUGCAGAAUUUCCCACCAUUGCCAUCAAAGAACAUGACAAACAUGGAACUCUUGACCUUCCUGCAUGAGAAGAAGCUGGCAGAAAUUUACCCCAACAUGUGGGUUGCUCUGAGAAUCUUUGCCACUCUUCCUGUUACAGUGGCUGCUGCUGAAAGAAGCUUCUCUAAGCUCAAACUCAUUAAAACCUACCUGAGAUCUACUAUGAUGCAAGAACGUCUCAGUGGACUUUCCAUCAUAAGCAUAAAUCAUGUGGUCUCAAAUCAGUUGUCAUAUGAUGAUGUUGUAGAUGACUUUGCUGCAAGAAAGACUAGGAGAGUAAGGCUGUAGCAGGUGAUGUGAGGUUGAUGAGGGGGUGGUGUACAGUAAUUUGUAAGUCAUUCUAGUUAAUGCAGUAUUAAAAAGCACAACUAGAGAACUCUGUAGGAUCCCCUUUUUUGUAAUAUAGUUGUUAAAGUCAUACUGGUUUAUUUAAUAUCUUGUUUUGUGCAGUGCCUUAUUUAUAUUGUAUUUUUAAUUUAUUUUAUCC